GCUAUGUCAGUGGAUGCGAGGCUACCGGCUAUGCCUUAUAUGCUGUUGGAUCGUCUGCCGUCCUUCGUUCGCGACUAGGCCUUCAUUUGAGUGAAAAGCGCUGACACGUAUGUAGAAAGUUUAUAGCACAGGCAAAACCGGACUUUGGCCAGCAUUCAUUACGGUCGAUCCUUGCCCUCCGAUGAUGAAUGCGGACUCGAGAGACUCUACACCCAAUACCAAGGUUGCAUCGCGCACCCGUCAGGAUCAUCGAAGGCCAUCAUGGGAUUUGCAUUUCUCGUCUUUCUCUACAUAUCGCCGAUAAACGAUGCUACCGUGGACGUCACAAAGAGCAGCAGGCCCCUCCUGUAAGCUGCGAAGAAACACGAGGGCAUCCGCGACGCUGUGGGACGCCCAGCGGUACUGGAUACGAGGCAUCGCGCGUCUACACUCUCGCAUGUGGCUACGGCAUGUCCGACGUUAUCCCUCUCGCUGCGAAAGCAACCUUCCGAACAUGGCCCAUGGAUCAGUUUUCACCUCCCUAUUUCUCAGAGCUGCAAUGUAUGACGGACGCGGGACACCAUAGGCUACUACGGUACCGGUGGCACUGCGUCGAAGUAGCCACAUCUCUCGUUGCUGAAACUACUAAGAAGGUCGCCGUACUCUGGUCCGGGCUGUGGGAACACGUUCGAGGACAUAGUCUAGCUUCUUGUGACGAAUACGGCUUCUGGAACGCCUCAAAGUCACACACGUAUUCUCUUCGAAGUGCGCUCCUACUUCGACGACUAAUUCGCUCGCACGGCUCAUGCGUUGCGUGUUGAUUCGAGCGGCGCCGCGGUCACCACAGUGACUGUCCUGAGCCGAGCGCUGCAAGACGUAUACAUAAAUGUUGCUGUGACGAAGGUAAGUGCCUACCCCACUCAGGCGUCAUGACUCUUUGAGCGGAGUGAGGCUCAUACAAUCUAUACCACAAGGUCCAUCUUAAAGUUUGAAGUAAAGUUUGAAGUAUGAGCGACGGUGUCAGUACAGUAGUGUCUUCGUGAAUCUUCGAAGUUCCGUUCAAAUGCUCCAGGCGC